AUGAAUUCAGCUGCCAGUCCUGCCCAAGCUACGAGUGGUCCCGCCUGGAAUGAGCCCUCCUGCUUCACGCGGCAGCUGGUCUCCCUCCAAUGGCACGAGACGCCCACCAUCAUCGUGGGGGCGCUGGCCGCCCUGGGCUUCCUCAGCACCCUGGCCAUCCUGGCCAUCUUCUGGAGGCACUUCAUGGUUCACUCGGCUGGCGGCCCCACAUGCUUCCUGAUGCAGGUGCUGCUGGUGGUGGACACAAUGGUCUCCUUGUACGUGGGGCCGCCCACCACUUGCCUCUGCCGCCAGGCACUGUCCUCCCUCUGCUUCACCCUCUGCAUCUCCUGCUCCUUCCAGAUCAUCUGCAUCUUCAAGGUGGCCGGUCGCCUCCCCCGUGCCUACAGUGACCGGGUCCGCUUGCAUGGGCCCUAUGUCUUUGUGGGGUCCAUCAUGAAACUCAAGAUGGUCAUUUUGGUAGGCAACAUGCUGACUAGGACCCCCAGAAUUAGCACGUGCACUGACCCUAAGGACCCCAAGAUCAUGAUCCUCUCCUGCAACCUCAACUACCGCAAGCAGCUGCUGGUCAACACCAGCCUGGACCUGCUUCUCUCUAUCACGGGCUUCAGCUUUGCCUACAUGGACAAGGACUACAACGAGGCCAAGUUCACCUUCUGCAUGACCUAUUCAGCUGUCACCCUGGGCACCUUCAUGUCUGUCUACAAGGGGGUGCUGGUCACCUUCCUAGACCUCUUGGUCAUGUGCUCAACCUCUUGGCCAUCAGCCUGGGCUAUUUCGGCCCCAAGUACCACAUGA